AUGCUAGAAUUUACAGUUGGAGACCAAGUAUUUUUUAAGGUAGCACCAAUGAAUGGGGUUAUGCGAUUUGGAAUGAAAGGAAAAUUGAGCCCAAGAUACAUUGGUCCAUUUUCUAUUAUCGAGAAAAUUGGAAAUGUUGCCUACAAGCUUGAUCGUCCUUCAUCAAUGUCCCAAGUGCACAAUGUGUUUCAUGUAUCCAUGUUAAGAAAACACAUUGGAAAUCCAUUUCAUGUACUAAAGAAUGAGCUGAUAGAGAUAAAACCAUAUUUGACUUAUGAAGAAAAACCUGUAGAGAUUCUUCAACGAGAGGUAAAGCAACUUAGGAGCAAGAAAAUCCCAUUGGUUAAGAUAUUGUGGUGGAAUUAG